UUUCGCUUCACUUUCCUCAUUUCGCCAAGAUAUACCUGACUUCCACGAAGAAAACAAGAUGAAGUACUUCACUCUUGUAACGAUAACUACGAUUGUUGCUUUUGCGACUGCGCACCCUGCGGCUCAAGGUAUUGGACAGUCGGUCGUUGCUUGUAGCAGGAUUUGUGCUGGGCCUUCGUUGUCAUGCAGUGGUGAUGAAUUUGUCCAGCAUACUGGUGACUGCUACACUUGCUGCCGACAAUCGUAGUUCCCUCACGGUUUCCUGAUGGCGUGCACUGGUACUACCGCCACACGAUACAAGCCCUAUGACAGAGGGUUUUAUGCAUGCAUACCAUGGGUCAAAAAUACACCUGCAUUCUUCUUCGUACAUACUACCCGACUUAGUUUCGAAAACUGUGU